UCGCAGCCAACUUCACUCGCUUACUUGCACAUUCACAGCGAACUGUCAAACGAUCCGGAACGGCAACAAGAAAAACGCCAAAGUCAUCAUCAUCGUUCGCUCGAGUUUGUGGAUUUUGUGGUUUUGUGCGAGGAUUUUGUUUGAAUUUUCGUGAUUAAAACCAAAAGUGUUCGGUAAAAGUCUGUUCUUGUUUGCUACCCCGAAAAAAUAUGGAUCGCCUUCUUCGACUUGGUGGCGCUAUGCCCGGACUGACGCAAGCUCCACCCCCGACGGAUGCUCCGGUUGUGGACACGGCCGAGCAAGUCUACAUAUCGUCGUUGGCCUUGCUGAAGAUGCUAAAACACGGUCGAGCUGGUGUACCCAUGGAGGUUAUGGGACUUAUGCUGGGAGAGUUCGUGGAUGACUACACGGUUCAGGUCAUUGACGUGUUUGCUAUGCCACAGACCGGAACGGGUGUGUCUGUCGAAGCCGUCGAUCCGGUGUUCCAGGCGAAGAUGCUGGAUAUGUUGAAGCAAACCGGCCGACCGGAAAUGGUAGUAGGAUGGUAUCACUCCCAUCCUGGGUUUGGUUGCUGGCUUUCCGGAGUGGAUAUCAACACCCAGCAGUCGUUCGAAGCUCUGUCCGAACGUGCAGUAGCCGUUGUAGUAGAUCCUAUCCAAUCGGUCAAAGGAAAAGUGGUCAUCGAUGCAUUCCGGUUGAUCAAUCCCAAUAUGUUGGUUCUUGGUCAGGAACCAAGACAGACCACUUCCAAUUUGGGACACUUACAGAAGCCUUCGGUGCAGGCCCUCAUUCAUGGACUGAAUCGUCACUACUAUUCAAUCAGCAUUAACUAUAGGAAGAACGAACUGGAGCAGAAAAUGCUGCUGAAUCUGCACAAAAAGUCCUGGAUGGAUGGUUUGACUUUGGCCAACUAUCAGGAGCAUUGCAGCAUCAACGAGAGCACUAUCAGUGAAAUGUUGGAGUUAGCUAAGAACUACAACAAGGCACUGGAAGACGAAGAAAAAAUGACACCCGAGCAGUUGGCAAUCAAGAACGUGGGCAAGCAGGAUCCCAAGAGACAUCUGGAGGAGAAGGUCGACACCCUGAUGUCGAACAACAUCGUGCAGUGCUUGGGGGCGAUGCUGGACACGAUCGUCUUUAAGUAAGAAUCGUCGUUAGGUAUUUGGAGGGAAAUCGAAGGAAUCCCUGGCCCUCGUAUGAUAACUUAAUUGUAAUCAUAUUACGCUCUGUCUGAAUUAAAAAAUGCUAUUUUGUAAGUA